CUCGGCCAUCGGUCAUGAAGACCAUCUUUAUUUGGGGCUGCCUCAUGGCUCUUUUCAUCGAGCCUUGUAUAUCGGAUAUGUACAUGCAUGCUCCAGCAGGAUCCAACAAUCGCUUGAACGGUAACCAAGAUAACGUCAGAAAUGCAAACAGAUUGUUUGAUUCGCAGAAUAACGGUAAGGCUGGUUACAAUGUCGGCGACAGUUUGGAUAGUAACCCUGGAGACAACAUUCAAGAGUUCAGACAGCUGCCACAGGAAUAUUACAUGAGUGGAUGCGAUGCUAAGGUAAAAACCGAAGUUGAUAUCAUGUGGACAAACCAACACGGAACUGGACCAGGUACCAAUGACAUGGUAGAAACCCAAGUUAUUCUACAAUACAUGUGUCAGCCUUAUCCAGAGGGCAAGAUGGCAACCAACGACGUGAACAAAGAAUUUGAAUAUCAUACAAUUCGUAAUGGGCAGACUCUUUCCACUCAGUCAUUUUCGAAAAACGCGCGAGAGAAUGCUUACAUAAGAAGAGACAGAGGACUUCACGAACCAGCCAACUAUUAUCAGGCGUAUUAUCGGAGAGAGAGAAACAAAGGUUUGUUCACUGCUGACCAACAACUUAAGGGUGAUCUACCGAUUUAUACGCGACAGAAUGCCGCAGGGACAAGGAGGGGCUUGGAGGUCCCUGAGGAACGCGAUUACUAUCCAUACUUGAGAAAACUGCUGGUGUGUUGAGCACUUGUCAUAAUGUGGGCGAAAUGAAACUGGCAAGAGGCAUUCCUUACGAACCACACAAGAUCUCUCAAGGAGCUGAUCAAAAGGAGCAGUUUGUUCUUGUUCACAAGCCUCCUGAAGUGAUCUACGCCCCAUCCACUGUCGUUAAUCAUAACGGAAUGAGCAUGGAAGGAAAGUUUUCGUCCUACAAGUGGAAGGUUCCUUGCUUUCCAACAAACACCACCCAACGCUGUGUGAUACGACUCAGGUACAAUAUAACCACAAGCGAUGUGCCCCGUGGGUUUACUGCUAAGAACAAUAACGAGGUUAAAAAUAAUCCGAAAACAAAAGCUGUUGACAAUAAGACCGAUCUUCAAAUCGCUUUGAACACUGCUCAGCUUGGUAGAACAUUCCAGGAUAGAAGUCAUGUGAUCAUUCUUAAACCACGCAGCAAACUGCCCAUGAAAUUUCAGCAUAGCAAUAUCUAUUAUAUUAAUGGAAUGGGCAAGAGAGGAAACAUAGUGCAGGCGUAUCCUGCCAUGGAAUAUCGCUUUUAUCCCGAACGCCUCACUGUUACAACAGAGGAUGUGGUGUGUUUCGUCUGGUCCGGCUCAAACAACAAUCAGAACAAUGCUGGAGAAGGAACAGCACGUACUGAUCGCACCAACGUGUGCUGGAUAAAGGAAGGAUGCCAAUCUCUCAAACCGGCAGCGUGUUCCAGCCUUCCUCUUGAAGUAGUUGACCAUGUCGACGAAUUUGAUGCCGCCAAGUUAAAUCUUCACCUUAACAAGGGCUGUUACACUGGUGACAAAGCACUGCAGGCUCAACUGAACAACGCCCCGGCCUCUUGCAACCCGCCAUGCUUCCGCAUCACAAAGCCUGGGAAGUACUGUUACAUGGGCACGCGCAAUAACAACUUCUCCAACCGGCGUCACAUAGGACAGAUCACUGUCACUGGGAAAACUCCGGCUAAAUGAUUGAACUGUGUUAUUUAUGUGCUAAAUCCGCUCAUUUCUUGAUUUUGUUUAGGUAGAUUACGCUGUAACACGCACUGGGAUGUUGGAAGAAUAAAACAAGGGAAUUGA